ACCUGAAAACUAGGUCAAUCAAAGUGUGGCGGCUCUCCUACAUCUGGAUGCGUGUGCAGCAGUCUACUGCAUGGGGACUACUGUGAUGGAACAGCUUCGCAGAGCAGAAAGAAUGGAAAUCAUUUCCUGAAAAGCGGUUGUCUCCGUGGAUCAGUAUACCACUACAACCCAUCAUCCCCAAGCCCACUGAUGCCAACGCAGCAAGUGACCGCGCAUUGCUCGCAGCGGCAAUAAGGACCAACACCUUAAUUAUCAGGCCGUGGUGACACAGACGGUCACAGCACAGCAGUCACCGUUAAUUAUUCGCCGCAACACAGCAACAAUUAAGAUUUAAAUCGCUGUUGUUAUAUUUUUGGAUUUCUUUCACCGGCAGCUGCUGCGGUAACACCCCUCUUUGUAGCUCGCGUGCAUUCCUUCUCCCUUCUUCUCAUCGGCUCUCCAUCCUUCCUUCCCGGAACGGCGGGGUGGACUGGUGGGGCUAUGGAGGAUGCAGGUGAGAUGAGGAAGACAUUCACGGUACCGGAGAUUAAACCGUUGAAUCAGUACGACUUCAACCGAGCCAAGGUGUGCGCCAGCGUCCGGUGGCUACUGGCGAAGUCAUACGGAUCCGCAGAGAAUGUCCCGGUGGAGUUGCGAGAGCCUCUGUACAGAGACAAUUAUGAGCAGGAGCACCUCAAGCCCUCUGUCUCCCAGCUACUCCUGUCCCCUGAGCUGUACUGUAGGACCCAGGCCCUGCUCCACGGGGUCUCCCAGCCCGCUCCUCAGGGGCCCCCAGGGGACAACUCCGCACUGCUGCAGCUCCUCACCAAGAGGGGCCUGGAGCCCAGGGACCAGGAUGUGGCCAUCACAGAGGAAGACCUCAGCCACACGCCCAUCAAGACGAGGGCCCACCUGGUCCUGAUUGACUCGUUGAUGUCACUGGCUGCCAUGGAGACGGUGGGCAAGGUUAAGAUGACGGCAGAGGCAGAGAAAAUGGGAGGCGGGGCUCCGUGGGAGAAUGCCCUCCUCUUCUGGGUUAACCGGUUGAAUCAGAAGUUGAGAGAGAGCACUGAGGAUGAGGAGGUCCCAACCUGCACAGACCCACAGCCUGUUCAACCAACAUGUCCCACCCGCUGGUACUGGAAACUGGUCCCACAUGCCAUCGCUUUUUGUUUGAAGGAGGAGUCUGGGAAUAAACCUCCAGUGAUCCGUUAUAGGAAGGAUAAGGUUCUGUCUAAGCAGACUCCUACUUUUCCUCUGGUGUCUGGUGUAAGGGAUCUGUCUAAUGGCUGUGCUAUAGCUGCUGUUCUGCACUACUACUGUCCUGACCUGCUGCCACUGGAGGAUGUGUGUCUAAAGGACACCAUGUCAGUAGCAGACAGUCUGUAUAACCUGCAGCUGAUCAGAGAGAUCAGUGAGUCCAGUCUACAGAGGUGCUGUCACCUGGAGCUGGAGGACCUGCUCUACGCCCCGCCCACACUACACGUGAACAUCAUGAGCUUCAUAGCAGAGCUGCUGGGAUGGUUCGAGGUGCAUAAACCUGACUUCGUCAAGCCAUUACUACCUCUAGACCUGACAGAUGCCUCAGGGUUGUUGGAGUCCAGUCCUGUCAGUGGGUACAGCAUCAGUGGCUCUCCCUCCUAUAUCUUCAAACAGCCCUUUGUCCCCAUAUCCUCUCCUGCGUCAUCUGAAGGGAACAUGUGGACCAAGAAACAGAUCCGUCGUCCACUCUCGGCUGUAACCUUCAGUAUUCCAUUCGGUCUGGACAGUGACGUGGACGUUGUCAUGGGCAACCCAGUGCAUUCCGCCAGCACCAACAGCCUGACCGCUGGCGUGCCCGCCAUGAUGACUUCAUCGAGCAGAAUGUCAUCGGGGAUGACACGGGUCCCCUACAGCCCCCCCGAGGACCUCAGUCACCUGGUCAGCGCCUCUGUCCCUCAACGCUCCUCCUGGGGCCCGCACACACACUCAUACACACCGGCCCUAAGGGAGCUGCCGACAGUCGAGAUCAUCCACACUCCUGGAGGAGAAAGAGGUGGAGGAGGGAAAAGAGGAGAGAAAGGAGAUGGAGGAGGAGGAAGGCCAGAGCCACGCUUGCGUCCAGAAGGAGCUCCUGCAGGUUUCUUCCUUCAUUCUCCUGAAUACGACCUGACCCAGCUCAGCAGCUCCGCCCCCUGCCGCUCCGGAAUGCUCUACCAACCAAUAGGAGGGGAGGGGGGCGUAGGAGAGAAGCAGAGAGUGGGAGGCAGGGAGAAGGGGGAGAAGGGGAGAUCGGAUGGCUCGCGGGACGAUGACUCGGUCCUCCGCGACGGAAGUGUGGACUCAUCGGAAGCUUCCGACGACCUUCCUAGAAACGCCCUCGGCAACGUCCGCCCUGGCCACGGUCGUCACGGCAACGGCAACAUCAGCAACACCGGUGGCAGUAGCGGCAGCCCACAGAUGACGAGCUUCGCCGAGCGGCGGGACAGAAGGAGACAGCCGGCCGCACCGGGAGAGGAGUCACCCAGCACUCCGACCCCCACCACCCCCACCCUCCAUACCCCCACCCACACCACCCCCAGCCCAGGAGGGAAGCACCCUGAGCCGGGUACAGAGGCCUGGGAGCUGGGGGCCCGCCUGGAGGAGAAACGCAGAGCCAUCGAGGCCCAGAAGAGACGCAUAGAGGCCAUAUUCACCAGACACAGACAGAGGCUGGGCAAGACUGCCUUCCUACAGCUGAAGAGAGGAGAGGGAGGAGAGGAGCCUAUAUCUCUGGAGGAGCGUCUCAGCCGCAUGGAGGAGCAGCUGAAAGAGGAGGAGGAGAGAGAAGAGGGAGAGGAGAAAGGGAAGGAGAACGAUAAGGCAGACGAAGGGAACUCCCGCCCGCAGGCGCGAUUGGAGAAGCAGGUGACGUUUUCCAUGGAUACGAGGAAGGGGGCUGAGAAAGGGGUGGAUAAAUGGGAGGGGCCUGAGCCGGGCGGAGGGGCUGUUCUAGGGGAGUAUAAUGAGGUGGUCCUGAAGCUGAGUGAGGCUCUGAGGUCACUACAGAACGACAUGCAGAAACUGACCCAACAACAACAACAGCUAAUGGGCAAGAAGACCACACCCAAACCCACACCUAAAACUACACCCAAACCCACACCUAAAACUACACCCAAAACCACACCUAAUACUACACCCAAAACCACACCUAAAACUACACCUAAAAGUACACCCAGGACACCACCCAGGACCCCCACUAAGAGUCCGACUAGAACCCCGACCAAGAGCAUCAGUAAGGCGUGGGUGAUUCCUGCAGGCUCCAAACCCCCCACCUCCACUACCUCCCCCUCUCGCAGGGCCCUCCCCCAGCUCUCCUCCAACCCUCCUAAAACCCCCAUCUCCUCCUCCUGCCCUGCCCCACGCACAAAGAUCCACUCCUCCUCCCCCCGUAGCCCUAAGCACCACCCCCGCCCCUCCCAACCCCACCCCCGCCCUUCUGAAUUGAAGUUCCCUCCUUCCACCCGUGUCCUACCCCCGCAGCAUGUGGACUCCCUCCCACACCUGCGACGCGUCUCCCCCAGCCAGUGCCAGGUCCAGACCUCCUCCUCUUUCCGUAUCGGGGGCCCCUGCACCCAGGAACCCCCUGCCGCCAUGCGGCCCCAGCCCGAGGAGAGUACCUCAGAGACGGGCUCCAGCGAGACACAGUUCAGCCUGGAGCUGGAGGAGCAGGAGGGUUUAGGGGGAGGCCGGCCCGUGUUUCAGCAGCCCAGGAGAGGCCGUUCUGGGGGUGGCAGCAGCUCUGGAGCCCCCUCCGAGGGCUCCUUUGAGAGCGAGACCCUGUCGCUGUCAGCCGCUUACUGCGGAGGAGGGGAGGGAGGGGGAGGAGCAGGAGGAGGAGGAGGGAAUCGUUGCAGCCUGAUGGAGGUGUCAUUGUCAUCCCUGGGAGGGCCAGAGGGGGGCAGUGACGAGCCAACUGACACAGAAGGACAGGAGUUGUUCUCUGACUCCAUGAGCGACCACACAGAACCUCCAACAGGAGAAACGUUGGAACUGACGGAACCCACGGGAGAACCGAGAGAAUCUACGGGGGAUCAAAUAGAACAGACACAGAACACUGAACUCCGAGAACCCUCAGUGGAACCCACAGAGCAGACGGAACCGGAGGCGAGAGGAGGGGUUGGAUUCUUCUUCAAGGAGGAGGUGCGUUGUGAAGAUGAGAUGGCUCAGAGGAGAGCUGCUCUGUUGGGGAGACAGCAGAAAAGAGCAGAGGACCUGAAGAGGAGGAGACAGUGGAACGAACAGGAGAGGGAGAGCAGACCCCCCUCUGAGGAGGAGGAGCGAAGAGGCUCUCUCCCACAGACCCCUCCCCUGUCCUGCACCCCUCCCCCCGCCGCCGGUGUCCCUUCCCUCACCCCCCCGACCACGCCCAGUCGCCGUGGUGAUUUCACGCGGAAGGAGUACGCCCACCGCCAGCAGAUACGCAUCAUGUCUGACCUGGAUAAGGUGCUGCGUCAGAAACACACCAAUCAGGGACGAGUCUCCGCCAAGAAGUCCCGCCCCCGACCUCGGAGCAUGACCCGGGAGGAGUCACAGCUGUCCCGCAGCCCAGCCAAGAGCACUAUGGGUUCUAAGUUGACUAAGGUGUACUCUCACUCCUCUCUCAACCUGGCUGCUAUGGCUGACCACACCGUCCCUGACCACACCGUCCCUGACCACACCGUCCCUAACCCUAGCAAGAAACCAUCCAGCCGCCCUGAUUCGCCCUCACGUCUGAUGUCACCAAGCCGACUGGCCAAUCAGAACGGAGACAAGGACUGGGAGAUCGGCUCCAAUGGCUCCUCCCCUUCCAUCCCAGAACACACCGGGCCCAAACUGUUCAAGGAGCCGAGCUUCAAGUCCAAUAAGUUCAUCAUCCACAACGCUCUGUCUCGCUGCUGUCUGGCUGGCAAGGUCAACGAGACUCAGAAGAACAAGAUGGUGGAGGAGAUGGAGAAGAGUCCAGCCAAUCACUUCCUGAUUCUGUUCCGUGAUUCCAACUGUCAGUUCCGAGCCGUCUACACCAUGAGCCCCGAGACUGACGAGCUCAUCCGAUUGGCUGGGGUGGGCCCGCGUGUCGUAAGCCCCGCCCUGGUGGAGUCCAUCUAUAAGUACAGCUCCGACAGGAAACAGUUCAGCUGUAUCCCGUCCAAGACCAUGUCCAUGAGUGUCGACGCCUUCACCGUACCAGGACACCUGUGGCACAGCAAGAGGCCUAGCAAGCCAAAAUAACCAUGUAUAUACUGUAUAUACAUACAUACCUGUGGCACAGCAAGAGGCCUGGCAAGCCAAAAUAACCAUGUAUAUACUGUAUAUACAUACAUACCUGUGGCACAGCAAGAGGCCUGGCAAGCCAAAAUAACCAUGUAUAUACUGUAUAUACAUACAUACAGGAAUGGAUACACACACACACAAACACACACAAACAACUGAAUUACUGUUUGUCCUGCAUGGGACACACUACCCCUCUCGCCCUUCUCAUCGGACCUACUGACUGUUGACGAGGUGCUUUCUCUCCCCUGUAUGUGCAUGGAAAUGGAACAGUCCAACUAUCCACCCUUAUGGAGAUGGCUCUAAGACUCGUCCACACGCGGGUGAUACUGAAGACCACUUUCUCUCCCCUGUAUGUGCAUGGAAAUGGAACAGUCCAACUAUCCACCCUUAUGGAGAUGGCUCUAAGACUCGUCCACACGCGGGGGAUACUGAAGACCAGUUGUUGUUGUAAAAAUGACCUUUUCAAUCUUAAAUGGUUUCACUACACAGAAACAAACUCUACACAAAAAGUGUAUCUUUCUCUUUUUUCAGUUAAAACGUUCUCCUGUAAAUGUCUGAGGUACAAAAUGAUUGUUUCUCUGAUACCCAUAAACCCUUUGGCCUUAUGUUCUGUUCACUACUAGCUGAAAGGCUGGAGGCAUGCUGAUAGCCAUUGUGUAGGUUGACUAAAGUUUUCUGUUUUAUAACACGAACACGAUCCUUCUAAUGCCUUCUGCCCAACGACUGGCAGGUUACAGGACUUUUAUUAUCCUGCAAACCACGGUCAAAACAGGGAAUGGAAGACGUGCUCCACCUCUCUCUCUGUCUCUCUCUGUCUCUGUCUCUCUCUGUCUCCUCUCUCUCUCUUUCUCUCUUUCUCUCUCUGUCUCUCUCUUUCUCUCUCUGUCUGUCUCUGUCUCUCUCUCUCUCUCUCUCUCUCUCUGUCUCUCUCUGUCUCUCUCUUUCUCUCUCUGUCUCUCUCUGUCUCUCUCUGUCUCUGUCUCUCUCUCUCUCUCUCUCCCUCUGACUUUUAUUAUCCUGCAAACCACGGUCAAAACAAGGAAUGGAAGACGUGUUCUUUAAUGUGAAUAGGAGAAAAGAACAGGAGAUGUGUGUUCACCAAAUAGCACAAAAAUGAAAGAUUGUGCAUAGUUGUGACGGACGGGCGUCACUAAGGCCUAGAUUCAAUCCGAUUCUGACUUGCUUGACUUGGACAGGAACUCACCGGGACUGAGAACCGAACGGCACCUCAAAUGUUCUACUGCUUAACUUGGACAGGAACUCACCGGGACUGAGUACGGAACGGAACCUCAAAUGUUCUACUGCUUGACUUGGACAGGAGCUCACCGGGACUGAGUACCGAACGGCACCUCAAAUGUUCUACUGCUUGACUUGGACAGGAACUCACCGGGACUGAGUACCGAACGGCACCUCAAAUGUUCUACUGCUUGACUUGGACAGGAACUCACCGGGACUGAGUACCGAACGGAAUCUCAAAUGUUCUACUGCUUGACUUCCUGCACCUCUUACAGAAUAUUAUCUCUAAACCGUUGCAGAGUUCCUGCACCUCUUACAGAAUAUUAUCUCUAAACCUUUGCAGAGUUCCUGCACCUCUUACAGAAUAUUAUCUCUAAACCUUUGCAGAGUUCCUGCACCUCUUACAGAAUAUUAUCUCUAAACCGUUGCAGAGUUCCUGCACCUCUUACAGAAUAUUAUCUCUAAACCUUUGCAGAGUUCCUGCACCUCUUACAGAAUAUUAUCUCUAAACCGUUGCAGAGUUCCUGCACCUAAAUAUAAACGGUACCGGUACUCAAAAUGAGUACUGGCACCUAUUUUAGUCCAAGUCAAGCACUGGUUGUUAUGGGUUGUCAGCCAAUAGAAAUGUAAAACCCUGACAGUUAAAGGUCAGGGGUUAUGAUCCACCCACGGUACAGUCGGGUUAAUAAAGUA